GGUUAAUCUGCCCUAUCCCUGGCACAGGUGGGAGAUCUGCUGUGUGAGCAGUGAAGCCUGGCACAUUGCUGUUCACUCUGACUGUGGCUUUAAUGGGACAGCCUUUUAAAAACCACUCCUAUCUCUGGUCACGGACGUCAGGCUAAGGGGUGUGAAGGAGAUGUGCUGUAGCUACAAAAUAACAAGAAAGAUUUGGAUCGUGGGAGAACGUUACCCUUUAAGUGUCUCUCCAAGGUAAGAGAAGAUUAAACCCGUCUACAUUUUGAUCUGUGCAGAAAUGUCGUCAAAUCCUACCACUCCAACGCAACCUAUACAGUCCCCAAAGUCGCCAAUGGCUCUAUCAUAUCCUUUCCACAGAGAAGGGAGCAGACUCUGGGAAAGGAGUCACUUUCAUUUAGGGGAGUUGCCAAGCCCCCUCCCAACCAAAAGGACUCGGACAUAUUCUGCCACUGCCCGGGCUUCUGCAGGACCUAUCUACAAAGGUGUCUGCAAGCAGUUUUCCCGCUCCCAGGGUCACGGAUUCAUCACUCCUGAGAAUGGAACAGAAGACAUAUUUGUGCACAUCUCCGACAUUGAGGGAGAAUAUGUGCCUGUCGAAGGUGAUGAGGUCACUUACAAGAUGUGCCCAAUCCCACCCAAGAACCAGAAACUUCAAGCUGUGGAGGUUAUCCUCACUCACCUUUCUCCUCACACAAAGCACGAGACAUGGUCAGGACAGAUCAUCAGCUCCUAGACUGCGUAACAGCCUUUCAUAGGUGGCGGGGACCAUAAAGAGACAUACUACUGCCAUAUAGACAGUGUCUACACCUACAGCAAUGGCACCAGAUCUUCUGGAAAGGUUGAGCCAGUUUCAUGCUGGGAAUAUAUCUUUAUAAAGGAAGAUGAGGAAUAUGGACUGGUUCAAGCUGUCCCUAAGAUCUGGAAUCAAUUACUAGAUUUGUCACUUGUCCUAAAGCUAACAUUAUUGAGCUGGACUUCAACCAGUUCAUGACAUGAUUGUCCAGAAUAUAAGAUCAGCAGAUAGCAGUGAAUGGUAACCAUGAUGAGGAGUUCUCACCUGCUCCUUUCUCUUGUAAUUCUUUAGUGAUGACAUUUUCUUAAUUCACAGAGAUGUAUAAGGGUCAGGGUUUCUGUUGCAGUAGUUGUUUUACGGAGCUCUCUAGGGAUUCUCCACUUUUUUUAAUCUUUAUCCCGAAUUUGUGGGACUUCAAGUUUUAAAGCAUUAACAAUAUCUGCUUUUCUAUAUUUUGUAUCAUUGUAUUAUCAUUGUUAAAUUGGUAUUUGUACCAUACAAUUUUCUAAUGCUUCAUUAUAUGAUUAGUAACUGCAACAUGUCGGUUAAUCUUGGGGCUUGAUAUAUAGUACAUUGACUGUGUAGAUGGAGGAGGAAAAUAAUUUUAUACAUUGAUUAUUGGUGGACAUUAAUGUGGCCUGCUUUCAGCCUUCGAAAUAGAGCUCUCCAUUUAAGUAUUGUUCAAAGAAUUUUAUUGUGAAUUAUUUUUUUAUUUAAUAUAUUUUUAUGUGUGUGCCUUAAAUCUUGUAGCCUAGUGUAUUGUUGUGCACUGAGCACAACUUUUAUUUUUGUUGAUUUCUUCUUUAUUUUAUAUUUUUAUCUUUUUGUUAAUAGAUUAUUGUUGCCCGUUGUGCAUGUUGGGAAUUUUAUUUGUUAAUUAUGUCUUGUUCCCCUUAGACAGCACAACAGUGCAAUUAUGUUGGUGCUGUACAGUUUCCCUUUAUUCAAAUUUACAAACACACCAUAAGAUGCAUCAGUCGGUUUCACUCGUUUCUGUGACAUGACUGUACACUGCCAGGUGAUAUGUAAGAUCUCUUUCCAUAAAGUUCUGUUAUGACAUUGUUUUGAACUUGAUAAUGAUCCAUCAUUACGCCAUAACUAAUGCUUUACAAAUGGGAUUGUUGGCAAUAUGUUGGGGUGCAUACAUAUAUCUACACAUAUAUCAUCUUUUAGAAGAUAUUUUGAGUUUUCCUCUGGAAUACCAAAGCGGAGUAGCUGAUAUAGCUAUCAUGAGUCUGGUUGUGAGGUCGGGGCCCGGUGAUGUGGGUCUCUUACUACAGGGAUCUCUGCUUGCCUCUUCUACAAAUCUGUGGGGCCAACCCAUGUGCAGUGAUCUGUAAGGCCAAACAGGGCUUCACUGCAUAGAAGAGCAGAUUGUGGACUUUCGGCGUGGAUAGUACUUCCUCUCAAAAUUAUGCUAUGGUCCCAGCAAUUGAAUGUUAUGUCCCUUAUCUAAUACCAUUACUGCACAUUUGUACCAUCCUACCAAGUCCUUCAUUGUCCGCAUGAUGGACAAUGUUUCUAAUAUAAGUCUGUAUUUUGUAUCUAAAAACUUAAAUUGACGUCUGUAAAAGGGAUUGAAAACUAUUCCCUAACGUUGGUGAUAAUGGAUAAUCAUAGGAGCGUAGUAUUGUAUUAAAUUCAGAGACCACAACUACUGUAAAGGGCCCUACACACUUAUAGAUAACAAUGGUAGAUAUGAACAAUAUCAUUCACAAAUGAACCAUAAAUCAUUCAUAUCGACCAGUGUGGAUGUACCAACGAUGAACGAUGCGCGUCCCUGCAGUCGUUCAUCUUUGAUCUAUCCUCGUUUACAUCUGGAUCGUCCAAAUUGGCUUGCAUGUAUAAUGUACUGUCAUAUCGGCCAUAGAUAUCGUCCAGUGUGUAUGUAUUGCAAACAUCUUUGGGGGGAAAAAAGACCGUUAAAAUUGCCCAGUGUGUAGGGCCCUUAAGUCAGUUAUUUCUAUAGCAACAAUAAAAGUAGUGAGAUGGUGCUAGUCAUGUUCUUCUUGCAUAGCUGAAAAAAAUCACUGAGUAUGGUAAUGGCCAUCAAGGUGCAUUUAUGGUUUUCUAUGUAUUCAUUAAUCUGCUUGGCAAUGCAGCUAUAGACAGCAAAUAGUUAAUUAGCAGCCUAUGCUUAACCACUACAAGAAAGGGUGUAGUACGGGUGACCGGCGGUCUCCUGACCGCCGGUCACCUUACCGACGCUGGGAUCCCGGCAGCAUACCGACGCCGGGAUCCCGGCGGGGAGGGGCGAGUGCAGCAAGCCCCUUGCGGGCUCGCUGCGCUCGCCACGCUGCGGGCUCGGUGGCGACCUGCGGCUGCCACGGGUUCUAUUCCCACUCUAUGGGUGUCGUGGACACCCACGAGUGGAAAUAGUCCCUGUUGGUCGGCAUGCCGACCAUCGGGAUAGUGAGCCGUCGGGCUCACGGAGGAGGUCAUGUGACUGUCGGUCAGCCGACCGGCGGUCACAUGACUACCACCCACAAGAAACUGUAUUAUUUAGCUGUUUAGGAAAUCAGAACUAAUUUGUAAAUUGUACAGACAUGAAAAGCUAUGAUCUUUUCUUUGAGGACUAAAAUGACAAGUAAAAUAAAGCUAAAAGCACAUUUAAAUAAUUAGCAAAGAAAAAAUAAGUGAGUCAGAGCAACUUCAGAUACUGUUCCUAUUGCAUGAUUAUAAAAUGCACUACUUAAUAAAGAUAUACUAAUAUAUAUAUAUAUAUAUAUAUAUAAACAUAGCUUAGUAUAAUGGGUCUAAAUCAGAGAUGUAUGCUAAUGCAUUUAUACGCAGCUAAAGGCCCUCAUUCCGAGUUGAUCGGUCGCAAGGCGAAUUUAGCAGAGUUACACACGCUAAGCCUACGCCUACUGGGAGUGAAUCUUAGCUUCUUAAAAUUGCGACCGAUGUAUUCGCAAUAUUGCGAUUACUAACUACUUAGCAGUUUCAGAGUAGCUCCAGACUUACUCUGCCUGUGCGAUCAGUUCAGUGCUUGUCGUUCCUGGUUGACGUCACAAACACACCCAGCGUUCGCCCAGGCACUCCCACCGUUUCUCCGGCCACUCCUGCGUUUUUUCCGGAAACGGUAGCGUUUUCAGCCACACGCCCCUGAAACGCCGUGUUUCCGCCCAGUAACACCCAUUUCCUGUCAAUCACAUUACGUUCGCCGGAGCGAUGAAAAAGCAGUGAGUAAAAUUACUUUCUACAUAGCAAAGUUACUUGGCGCAGUCGCAGUGCGAACAUUGCGCAUGCGUACUAAGCGGAUUUUCACUGCGAUGCGAUGAAAAAUACCGAGCGAACAACUCGGAAUGAGGGCCAAUGUGCGAACAUAUGCUAAUGCUGUAGCUGCCUGGAAAUGGAUUGAGACGCCCACUGGCGGCUUUACAGAUUGAAGCAAGUGCAUACAAAUAUGCAGUGGUGGGCACAAUCCUUUGCUUCUACUCUCCGUUACCUCCCCCAAAUGGUCCCUGACUGUCAAUCAAUUUGCAAAUAAACAAUCACUCAACUCUAUAAACAUCGCCAUUGCGUACAUCUCUGAAUGAGGCCCAAUGUCCUCUAUGAUGUUUGGUUGUGUGUAUUCUCAAGGUAUUUGUGUAAGUGAAGUGUAGUUUGGCCUAAAAGUUGAUAUGAUGAUCCCUAAACAAGCUAAGCAAGUGCGUAGAUAUCACAGCUACAGGUAUACAACAUAAAAUAUACACAGGUAUGGGGUCUCUGCUCUGAAUACCCCUAAUCCAAACAGUACAGUUCAGAAAACGAAUAGAAUAAUGCUGAUGGAUUCAUAGAUCAGGUAUACAAACAUGAUCGCCAGGUGCUUCAUUCUACAGCCACUUGGAGGGAUGCUGCUGCUAAAUCUAAUGAGGAAGGUAGCAGCAGUGUGGCCCUGUGGGGAGUAACAGUUACCCAAUGUAAUUGUAGGAAUUUUUUGGCUUCGUGCCCCAAAUUACAGGAAGAAAACAUUUUACAGAGAAGUCUCAGUCUGGAAAAUGGAUCCCGUUGCUGUAUAUGUGUGUUGUGUGGCCCAUAACAACCAUUCAGAUUCUAGCUAUUAUCUUCUAGAAGGUGCCAAAUGAAUAAGUAGAAUAUGUUUUGGUUGCUAUGGGCAACAUCACCACUUCUAAAAAAAAACCGGCCACAGAUAUGUGGUGGCAUAUGCAAAGCCGCAGUGCUCUCUUCAGCGAUUCUAUUAUUUUUAGAUUUGUGAUUGUAUUUAGUUUUAGUAUUUUUUUUUUCUUUUUUAUUGCUAUAGCAUUGCUCCCAAACGGUCAGACCUAUGACCAUGUGGCUAUGCCUUGUGAAGUGCUCAGUGAUGCCUUAGUCACGUCCUCUUUCUUCUGAACACCCACAUAUUGGCAGUGGCACCAGCACCAUUGGUUAUGCAGAACAGUGGUGACUAGGACAUAUCUUUCAACUUGUCUCAAGGCAGGACAGAGCUGAGACUUUCCUGCUUAAUUUGGGAGAACUGGGAGGUAUGAUAUAGCAACCUUGCUUCUACAGUAGAUCUCAUACAUACUUGCCAACUCUCCCAGCAUUAAUAGUGCAAAGUUAAGGGGGGUUCUCCAGGGUCUCCCAACAGGCCAGUCCCCUCCAUGCCGCCCACAUCCUGACUGAGGCACUGAGGUUGGAUGACGUGAGGCCAUGACACUGUGUUGCCCUACUCCCACUGUAAAAUUCCACAAACCGCGGCUUUGAAGAUAAGGGGUGGGGUACAAUGACAUAAUUGUGCCCUCCCACCCCCCUUCCCAACACUCCCCUCAUUGACUUUCCUGGAGAUGCCCUGAAAAAGCUAUCAAGAUUGGUCUCAUAACAGAUGUAGAGGAGUUAUAUGUUGUGGCCGCAAAACAACUGAAGAUAUUUACCACCUAAAUUGAUUCCUUACAGCCUUAAUACCAAUUUUGUCAAACAUGUGAAUUGCCAAAUUGGGCACUACUGGCUGCAUAGUGGUCAUUUGUACAGUCGGCUGAUGACAUACACAGGUGCCAACUGUGGUUUUCUGACAAAAAUGUUGAAAAUCUGUUUUCAUUUUCAUUGUUCUUGACAAUCGUCCACACACACAACCAUUUGGUGGUAAAUUGGUAUAUUUUGAGUAUAUGACUUGCAAAAUCACAUUUUUAUGCAUAGUUGAUUGCUCUCCUGAAAUAUCCGUGAGACUCCCAGAUUGACUGAACUACAGACUUCUGGGGAUGGGUUGGGUAUGGGAUCCCAGCAAUCAGAAUACAGACGCAGGGAUCUCAACCGCCAGAAUACUGGCAGGGGUGCGAGCGCAAUGAAGCCCCUUGCGGGCUCAGUGGCUCGCUGCACUUUGCAACAGGUUCUAUUCCCACUCCAUUGGUGUCGUGGACACCCAGGAGUGGGAAUAGCUGUGGCGGCACUGCCGGCAUUCUGGCGGUCGGGAUCCCGGCAUCAGUAUUCUGACCGCCGGGAUCCUGACUACAUCUCCUGGGGAGUAGGUAAUUCUCAGUGAAUGCAUCUCACUGGCUUGCAAUGUGUCAUAAUGAUGAAGCUCAGACAUCAGAGGCCUGAAGAUGUGAUGUGAACCACCCACAUGGUGCUAGUUGCAUCUUCACUGCCCCCCAUCCAUAAACCUUUUUCUCUGAGAAAAGAAUACAAAUAGGUAAGUUAGCUUUUCCCCAAUUGAUUAGGAAGGAAUUACAAUAAGCUACUGGUCAGUUGCAGCAAAUUUCAAUUGAUAUACAAAAAAAAGUAAGCUACAGACUUGAGCUAUGUGUAACAACACUAUGCAUGUUACUGUCUACAUUACUCAUUUAUCAUGAUGUAUAGUGUACGUUAAGCAUAUAGCGGGGGUGUUUCAAACCAUUGAGAGAGAUAAAGUACCAACCAAUCAGCAGCUAUGCCUUUUUACAGACUGUAUUUGUUAGAAGCUGAUUGAUUGGUACUUUAUCUCUCUACACUUUAACACUCUCCAAGGUUUGAUACAUCUCCCUCAUAAUUUUUUUCUUUUUAGGGCUAUUUUAGUAUGAUAUUAGGUUACUCGCACUGAAUAUAGAAGUUAAAUGCACUGAGAUUUUUAUUAGAUUUCUGCAUAUAUAUUAUUCUUUCCCAACUGUAUUUUAAUUGAUGUAUAAUAGUGAUGAAAGGGUAAAUGCACUAUAUGACACAUUAAAUGGAUAUACAUACAGUCUAUUAAUGCAUUUGAUACUAUAUAAUAUUAUAAUUAUCUUACAUGAAUUGAAUUUAUUGCAGUAGGUAGAGUAUAUGGACAGAAAGUCAGACUUGCUUAAUUUGCGAUAGUUUUAAAGCUCUACAAAGGAACCCAAUUAAAGACAAAGGGUCGGAUGUAAGGACGUCCGAAUUCAGCGGCCGGGUGGGAUGCUGGCCGAACUCUGACGUUUUUUUAAAGGGGCAACACUUACAAUACAAAACCAUGCCUUGUAAGGGAUUGCCCCUUUAAGAAAACGUCUGAGUUCGGCUGGCAUCCCACACGGCCGCCAAAUUUAGGCGUCAUUACAUCCGGCACAAAGUUUAUUUUUUUGGGUUAGAUAUGCAGAUCAUUAAAACCUCUGAAUGUGAUUUUUAUUUCUUUUUUUCUUGUCUGAAGUGACAAGCCUGCUAUGGAAUGUCUGGGCCAAUUUUACACAAGACUUGCCUAACAGACUAGCCACACUGACCUAUAUGGCUUGUGUUACUGUGGAAAUCCCCAGCUUUGUGCAGGUCAGCACUGGGAGGGAAUUCUGGAACUACUUAGCUGGCAACAACCAGAAGUGGAGCAGGGGAAAACAAGAUAACUGCAUGGGAAUAUUUAGUAAUUAUUUGCUCAGCUAUGGAAAAAUCAGUUUAUGUAUUUUUUUUUUAUUGGACUCAUAAGUUAGUUCCAUUUAGUUAGUUGGUUCUGGCAGGACCAUCUUAACAGCAUGGUAUGCCCUGGGCAAAGCAAUAUAUUGUAGUCUGUGGCCCCUAUCCAUCCAUUCACAGGAAUAAAGAAAAAAAUAAAAUUUAUUUAUAUAUAUAUAUAUAUAUAUAUAUAUAUAUAUAUAUAUAUAUAUA